GAGCUCAGGGGAAGCUAACUCAGUGAUGCAAUGGUUAGGAGGAGUUCCUGGGAAAGGAGCAGCAGCUGGUAGCAGAAGGAGGGCAGGCUGAGUUUGAACCUGGAGCUUUAAGCAGGAGAGUCUCAUCUUUGUUUCUUAAUGGAAAAAUGGCACCCCCUGCAAUCCUCCUAAUCUGCCCUUCACUCCUUCUGUUGCUUAUUUAUCAUGCAAAUGCAAUGAAUGUGUUCAGGGUACGUCCGUUCGACAAUAUUUCUCUGCCCUGCCAGUUCUCCUUUGUGGAUAGCACGGAAGGUUUAUCCUUCACCUGGGAGAGGGAAGAUAUCAAGGAGGAGCACGAAGUAGAAGAUGAUGAUUUUUACAAAUAUUUUGUUGGACUUCAUGAUUUUUAUCAGUUUUAUCCGAAGGUGAUAUAUAGCUUUAGCAACAACAUGGAACAAGUGGAAGAGCGGAAUUCCCUCUAUGAAGGCAGAGUCUGGGUGGAUGAGGAAGAGAUUCCAGAGGGCAGCCUGACCCUCAUGCUGGACCAGGUUCAGUUCUCUGAUGAGGCUAUGUAUAUAUGCAAGGCCACUAAUACCCGGGGCAGAGGGUCAAGAAAAAUGAAGCUUGUUGUGGAAGAUGCUGAAGAGCCACAGGUGCAGUUCAGCACAGUCGAUGACAUACUUGUAGCCAAGUGCAUCUCAGCAGGCUGGUACCAUAUGCCUAAGGUAACCUGGCGUAACCGCAAAGAAGAGGAUCUGUCCGGCUAUUCCAAAACAGAGAUUCUGGAAGAGAAACAGGAUGGGUCCCACCGAGUGGUAUCUACGUUACAUUACCCUGUGUUACUCCAUGAAAUCUACACUUGUCACAUUGAAGAGAGCGAUGUGCUCAACAGACCUGUUAGGUCCAUCCACAAAGUUCCAAAGAGGAAAUAUCACAAUAUGUACAAUCACUACUAGAAAAUCAACACCAAGUUGAUGCAGCGAGGGAAAAUAAGCACUCGUUUUUUCAUCAUAUCAGCUCGAUACAGUGCCUGCAA